AUGUCACUUUUGUCAUUACCUAGAAACGGGAAAGUUGCUGUACUAGGAGCAGGAAUCCUGGGGUUAACUUUUACUUAUUUUUUGAGCAAAUUGCGACCAGAUUUGCAGUUUCUGGUAUUUGAUAAAGCCAACCGUGUGGGAGGAUGGAUGUCGCUGCCCCAUUUGCAUGUCAGAAAUACCAAUGAGUCUAUAUUAUUGGAAAAAGGUCCACGAACUUUACGUGGAGUCAAAGAUGGAAGCUUGCUAAUGAUUGAUAUAUUACGGAAAUUAAAUUUGGAAAAUCAAAUUGAAGUUCUUGAUAAGAAUAGUAACGCUAAUAAAAAAUACAUUACAGAUGCUCAGGGGGAAAUCGUUCAAGUGCCAAACUCCAUAUCUAGUACAAUCAAUUUUUUAAAACGCGUCGAGGUAUUGGAUUCAAAGUUGAUUUCGGGAUUGUUUAAAGAGCCUUUUGUAAAACCCGUUUUGAAUGAUGAUGAAACUGUUGAGCAGUUCUUUAAGAGAAGAUUAGGAAGUACAGUGCUAACAGAUAAUGUAAUCAGUGCAAUUAUGCAUGGUAUAUAUGCUGGAGAUGUUGGAAAACUAAGCGUCAAAAGUGUGCUACCCGACUUGAAAGAUAUGGAGUUGGAAUCAGGGUCAAUUGCAAAGCAUCUUUUCAAAAAGUUGUUGCUGCUGCUGCUGCUGCUGCUGCUGAAAAGGGAUAAUCCUACCCAAUUAUCUGAGUGUUUACAAACUUACGAGCAGCUCUUGUCUCCAGAAGCAAAUCUAUUGUCCUUGCAAACUAAAUUAAAGUCGUCAUAUCCUAUGAUUAAACUCCAUGAUGGAAUGGAAACCUUACCUAAACAUUUGGCAAAAUAUUUGCUUACGCAAACAAAAACAAAAAUAAAGUUCAACACGUCCAUUGAGCAAUGUGAUCCAAUCACAGGUGAAAUUAAUGGCGACAAAUUUGACCAUAUAAGGAGCACUAUCAAUGCCCAUGCAUUAGCCAAAGCAUUACCAUCAGGAAACCCGUUAGUUUCCAAUUUGAAUUCAAUACAAUAUGUGAGUAUCUUUUUAACUAAUGUGUAUACAAGAAAGCUGGUCUUAAUACCAAAGAACAAACCCGGCUUUGGAUUUUUGAGACCUCGACAUAAAAGGGUUGCUGAUAAUCCACAAGCAUUACUUGGAACAAUCUACGACUCAGAUAUUGAAAACAGUGUAGAAGGGUUAUUCAAUGGAUAUAAGGCGAUCCCCAAUGAGAAUAAUAAGUUAACAUUAAUGAUGGGAGGACAUUACUAUACCAACUGGAGCAUUCCAUCAAACAAGUUGAAUAUCAAAAUUGUCAAGGACGUUUUGCAAGAAAAGUUGAAGGUUGACUUAUCCCAAUAUAAUAUCAAGGUCAUUCCUGAUGACCAAAAAUUGCAAGUAGAUUCAAUCAACGAUGACGAUAUGGUUAUGAGUUAUUGUUUGCAUAAAGAUUGCAUACCUCAAUACAACAUAGGCUACCAAGAAAACAAGACCAAAGCUUUAGAUAUUUUGGAAAAACAGCAUUACAAGCUUUCGUUUGGUGGAACAGUUUUUGCUGAUGGUGUUGGUGUACCUGAUUGUGUCAGCAAUUCCUUUAAUGCUGCUUUGAUGUUGAGGUGA